AUGACCGAUAGUGCAUUUGUUUCGAAACCGGCGCGCGGCUGGCUGCACCCUGACUCUAUUCUCGCGAGCGAUGGAAUCACUUAUGCAGUCAGAUAUAUUGGCUGUAUGGAAGUACUAACAUCAAUGAAAAAACUUGACUUUGAAACAAGGUCUCAGGUAGCAAAAGAAUGUAUCGCAAGAGUAUGUGCAGCAGCUGGUCUACGGUCAGCAGACAAAAAACGAAGAGUGUGCCAAGCAGCAGUCCGUGCACUAGCUGCACGACCACGCAUGGCACACUCUGGUGCAAAUGUAGCUCUCACAAUAUCUUCUAAAGCAAUAACAUUGGCUGCCUUUGAAGGCGGAGAAACAAUUGCCCGUCAUGAUAUGCCUCGUGUAUCUUUCGCUUCCGGUGGAGAUACAGACUCCUUAGACUUUGUGGCGUAUGUCGCCAAGUCUGCUCCACCAGCUGAGUGGAGAGCAUGCUAUAUAUUGGAGUGUGGAGGGAGACUAGCCCAAGAUGUGAUAGCUACAGUAGGACAGGCUUUUGAACUCCGUUUCAAGGAAUUCUUAACGAAACCCUCAACGUUAAACCUGAACGGCUCGCGUCCAGUCUGUGAAAGCACAAGUGCUCAGGCCCAGGGUCCUGAAGACCGCGAGUACUACAACGACAUGCCCGACAAGUCGCCGCCGGAGAACGUGCACGGUUACAGACACCCGCCACCACCUCCCCUCGGUUCUCUCGCACCUAUAUCUUCGUGCGAGGAAAGUGUGAGGCACUACGUGAACCAAACACCGCCGCCCCGCACCCCGCCCACCGCGCUGCUGCCCAAUCAUCACACCGAUAUAUUCGAUAUGCAACCGUUCACGGCGGCGCCCAUCACGUCGUCGUCGGCGGCGUCGUCGUCCUCCACGGCGUCGUCGGCGUGCGAGCCCGCGCACCCGCUCAGUGCGCAGGCGCAGGCCGCGCUGCUCGCGCAGGAGCCCUGGUUCCACGGACCUAUCUCCAGGACUACCGCUGAAAAGUUGGUGGCAGAAGACGGUGAGUUUCUAGUGCGCGAGUCGGCCGCCUGCGCCGGGCAGUUCGUGCUCACGGGCGCCCGCCGCGGCACGCACAAACACUUGCUGCUCGUCGAUCCUAAGGGAGUGGUGAGAACGAAAGACCGCGUAUUUGAGAGCGUACCCCAUUUAAUCAAAUACCACUGCAGCAACGAGUUACCGAUCGUGUCGGCGGACUCGGCGCUGUUACUGCGUAAGCCAGUGCUGCGAAGCGACGUGUCGUGA